AUCCCCGUCUUUGUAAACCCUCACGUAGGAAGAGCUCCUCUGCAUAAUCUGCAACUACAGCCGCAAAGGGUGCCUCUUUUGUUCUCCACCUUCCAUCUGCAGCCAUGAUUAUCCCAGAGAAAAACAGAAGAGAAAUCUCCAAGUACCUCUUCCAAGAGGGAGUGUGCUUUGCCAAGAAGGACUUCAACCUUGCAAAGCACCCUGAGAUUGAUGUUCCCAAUCUCCAGGUGAUUAAGCUGAUGCAGAGCUUCAAAUCCAAGGAGUAUGUCCGUGAGACCUUUGCCUGGAUGCACUACUACUGGUACCUUACCAAUGAAGGGAUUGAGUUCUUGAGGACAUACCUCAAUCUUCCAUCCGAGAUUGUGCCUGCUACUUUGAAGAAGUCUGCUAAGCCUCUUGGCAGGCCCAUGGGAGGUCCACCUGGUGACCGCCCAAGGGGUCCUCGUUUUGAGGGAGACCGCCCAAGAUUUGGUGAUCGUGAUGGGUAUCGUGGUGGUCCACGUGGAGGUGGUGAUUUUGCUGGUGGUGAGAAGGGAGGUGCUCCCGCUGACUUCCAGCCAUCAUUCAGGGGCUCUGGUGGAAGGCCUGGAUUUGGUCGCGGUGGUGGCGGUUACGGCGGUGGUGCACCACCAGCUCCAAGCAGUUCCGGUGGAUUUGCUUAAGAAUGUGCUUGAAACUUUAAUUUUGGCGGUCACAUGGGAUGUUUUCAUAUGUAGUCUUUGAAAGUUACGAACAAUUUUUAGUAUUUGGUUUCAGAGAGAAUGGUAAGCUUGUUAGAGUCUAAAGUUCCCUCAGCAGUCCGUUAUUGUAAGGGUUUGACAAUGAUGGAUACUCCUUUUUAAGAUGAAGAUGCUGUCGAGUAUUUUGUUCGUUACGAUUGGAUUUCACUUGUUCAAGUUAGAAUUUACCCUUAACCGUAAUAGCGAGUUCGUGAUUUUAUUGAUGCUGCCCGUUACAUUGGUGUAUCCUGAAUGGGACAUUAACUUGGUAGUAUCUAGUCUUUUUGCAGAUGUUAGAUAUCUACAGCUAGCUGUAUCUAGGAUGUUUCUCUGUUAUUACUUGUCAUAGAAUUUGCCCAGAGGUUGUCAAACCAUUUGCUUGUCUGGGCUUGCUGCGCGAUCAUUCUCGAUCAAGAGAAUAUCAUAUAAGUACUCCAGCACAGAACAACAGCACAUAAAACAUAAUCGAAGAAGACCUUCGAAGAUAUCAAUCUCUCUUUCAUGGACGCAAAUAACUUGUUUGGCAGCGUUUUACUGAAAUGAGUUAUUUGUACAGUGAGUUAUUUACAAAUAACUCAAAACGAGUUAUUUGAAAUAACUUAUACUCAUGUGUUAUUUUGAAAUAACUUGUUUUAUCAUUCUGCUUUUACCAAAUAUCACAUGCCAAAUACCACAUUUGCAUUGUUCAACCAAACGAGAUACUUUAUUUCAAUUACCACUGAAAUAACACUGAAAUACCACAUGAACAAUAAAUGAGUUAUUUGACUCUACAAAUACCACAUUGACAAUUAACUCAUCCAAACGACCCCUGAUUAAUCUGGCCUUGCUGAGCGAUAAUUCUCAGUCGAAGAUAUUUAACUUGGAUUAUGUCAGAAUGGAAGAAGGCUCGGUCGGCGUACACAUGUUCGACCUUAACACUAUGUUUGGCAACAAGGGGGGUGCAAGUUCGAGGGGGGUACAAGUUGAGGGGUAAAUUGUUGGGGGGUGCAACUUGGUGGAGGGUGUAAGUGGAGGGGUAAAUUGUUGUUUGGAUGAAAAAAGUAGGGGGGGUGCAAAUAGAGUAAAAAGUAAGUAAUUAUAUUAUUAUAAAAUAGAUUUAUCAAUUUAUAAAAUAUUAUCACAAAAUAAUAACAUGAAAAUUCA